AUGCCCUCCUGGAAGAUCCCCCUGGGUCAACCGGGAGAGGAAACAAAAACCUGUCCCAAAGGGUACUGUACCACACACAAAAGACUCGGCUUCAUGCUCAUGCAACAGUAUCGGAGAAACAAGGGCGAGUUGACUGAAGUUGUGGAGAUGGACGGCCGUCAAGCAAAUUCGGUUGAGAUUACUGUGCCUUGGCCAAGUUUGAAGUUUGGCUUGUCUUUGUGA